GAGCGCUGCGUGCACCGCCGCUUCCGCGCCGGGCCCUAUCAGAACACGAUCGGGGCUGCGUUCGUGGCGAAGGUGCUGUCUGUGGGGGAGCAGACGGUGACACUGGGGAUCUGGGACACAGCGGGCUCCGAGCGCUACGAGGCCAUGAGCCGCAUCUACUACCGUGGGGCGCGAGCUGCCGUCGUUUGUUACGACCUCACCAACAGCAGCAGCUUCCAGCGCGCCAAGUUCUGGGUGAACGAGCUGCAGAACUGCGAGGAGGGCUGCCGAAUCUAUCUGUGUGGCACUAAGAGUGACUUGCUGGAGGAGGACCGGAGGAAGCGAGACGUUGACUUCCACGACGUGCAGGACUAUGCUGAUGAGGUCAAGGCAGAGCUAUUUGAGACCUCCAGCAAGACAGGACAGAAUGUGGAUGAGCUGUUCCAGAAGGUGGCUGAGGACUACGUCCACUUCACUGCCUUCCAGGAGAUGACAGAGGAGAAGGGUGUUGACCUGGGCCAGAAAAGCAGUUCCUACCUGUACAGCUGCUGCCACCACUGAGACCUUCAGCCAAAAGGGAAUUGCUGUGCGGGCUGCCUGCCCGCUGUUCUUUGGACUCCGUCUGUUUUUUACCUGCUGUAUUUUAGCUGUGUGAGAGCUGUCUGCGGCACGCAAGGGAAGCGCAGCCCCAUGGAUCACUCUGCUCCCUGGCCUCGGUGUGUGGAGCUGCGCGGUGCUGGGAGCCGCAGGUGCCCACCGAGGUGCCCCUGCUGCCUGUUGGCAGAGACCCAGCAGCACCCACUAACUUAUUUUCUUGGAGAUAUCGCCCGAUUCUUUGCGGAUUAUUUAAGCGUCUUCUAUCACGGUGUACAAUGUAAAUAAAAUGCAUUGUGGUCUGAGA